UCCCUCGUUCGAUCUCUGCUAAUUUCCCAUGGCUAGAAAGGUUUAGCUUCUGCCUGAAAGAACUUGGCUCAUGCAUCGAUCACACAAAGCCACGAAGGCAAAUUAAGCUGCAUCUGUACACACACACACACAUACUGACAGUUUCAGCUAGCUUAGCUAGAUCAGCGGCUCAGUGCAGAUCGAGACAUCUUGUGUAUACCUUUCUUCUCGCCGGGGUUUCCGCCGGCCGUCGCUUUGCUUGCCGGCGAGGCUUCCCGGAUCCCCUCUCACAGCUAGGCCGCGCGCCAUUCAUUGGCCUGACCAAAAGCUGCUCUGCUAGUGCUAGCCCGUGUCUUGGUGGCUUCGUGCAUGUAUUCGCGAGGCCCAGGUGGCGUUGUAACGCAAGCUUUCUGCUUGGCGCUAGUAGUUUCUUGCUGCUGCAUAUAUGCCGAGCUCGCGCGUCAGGUUCCCUUUAUUCUUGCAAUUUGAAUGCUACAUGCCACUGUUCCUGACGUGCAAGCUCUAAUCGACCUGAAGUUGCUGCUUUCCUCUUGAAAGAUUUGGCAGGUUUAAACUUUACUUGGCGCGUGCUUGAUAUCGAGAGAGGUGAUCGACGACGAUGGGCGGGAACCAGGACGCGCACCACGAGGACUUCCAGCUCAAAGACACGAACCCGCUGCUCGGGGAGCAAUGGCCGAAAGGCGCGGCGGGGCCGGCGCGCCCCGCCGUCGGCGGCGGCAUCGCAGGGUGGCUGGGCAUGGACAAGCCGUCGAGCACGUACGACCUGGUGGAGCAGAUGUUCUUCCUGUACGUGCGCGUGGUGAAGGCCAAGGACCUUCCCCCGAACCCCCUCACCGGCGCGGCCAUGGACCCGUACGUGGAGGUGAAGCUGGGCAACUACAAGGGCACCACCAAGCACUACGACCGCCGCGCCAACCCGGAGUGGGAUCAGGUCUUCGCCUUCUCCAAGUCCCGCGUCCAGUCCAACGCCCUCGAGGUCUACCUCAAGGACCGCGACAUGAUCGGCCGCGACGACUACGUCGGCCGCGUCGUCUUCGACCUCGGCGAGGUGCCCACCCGCGUGCCCCCCGACAGCCCGCUCGCGCCCCAGUGGUACCGCCUCGAGGAGCGCCGCGGCGACGUCGGCGGGUACAAGAUCCGCGGGGAGCUCAUGCUCGCCGUCUGGAUCGGCACCCAGGCCGACGAGGCCUUCCCGGAGGCCUGGCACUCCGACGCCGCCACCGUGCGCGGCGAGGGCGUCGCCAGCGUGCGCUCCAAGGCCUACGUCUCGCCCAAGCUAUGGUACCUCCGCGUCAACGUCAUCGAGGCGCAGGACGUGCAGCCGCAGUCCCGUGGCCGCGCCCCCGAGGUGUUCGUCAAGGCCCAGGUCGGGAACCAGAUCCUCAAGACCUCCGUCGUCCCCGCCGCCACGCUCAACCCGCGCUGGAACGAGGACCUGGUCUUCGUCGUCGCCGAGCCGUUCGAGGAGCAGCUCGUCAUGACGGUGGAAGACCGCGUGUCCCCUCGCAAGGACGACCUCCUCGGCCGCGUCCAGCUCCCGCUCACGCUCUUCGAGAAGCGUCUCGACCACCGCCCCUUCGUGCAGUCGCGCUGGUUCGACCUCGAGAAGUUCGGCAUCGCCACUGCCAUCGAGGGCGAGACUCGGCGGGAGCUCCGGUUCGCUAGCCGCGUCCACCUCCGUGCCUGCCUCGAGGGCGCCUACCACGUCAUGGACGAGUCCACCAUGUACAUCAGCGACACCCGCCCCACGGCGCGGCAGCUCUGGAAGCCGCCCGUCGGCGUGCUCGAGGUCGGCAUCCUCAGCGCCGCCGGCCUGCAGCCCAUGAAGAACCGCGACGGACGCGGCAGCACCGACGCCUACUGCGUCGCAAAGUACGGCCAGAAGUGGGUGCGCACGCGCACCAUGAUCGGCACUUCCAGCCCGACGUGGAACGAGCAGUACACGUGGGAGGUGUUCGACCCGAGUACCGUCAUCACCAUCGGCGUCUUCGACAACUGCCACCUCGGCAACAGCGGCAACGGAAACAACAACAACGGCGGCGGCGGCGGCGGAGCCCCUCCGGCGAGGGACGCACGCAUCGGCAAGAUCCGCAUCCGCCUCUCGACCCUUGAAACCGACCGCGUGUACACGCACGCGUACCCGCUGAUCCUGCUGACGCCGUCGGGGGUGAAGAAGAUGGGCGAGCUCCGCCUCGCCGUGCGGUUCACCUGCCUGUCGAUGAUGAACAUGGUGCACCUCUACACGCAGCCGCUGCUCCCCAGGAUGCACUACCUGCACCCGUUCACGGUGACGCAGCUGGACGCGCUCCGGUACCAGGCGAUGGGCAUCGUGGCGGCGCGGCUGGGCCGCGCGGAGCCGCCGCUGCGGCGGGAGGUGGUGGAGUACAUGCUGGACGUGGAGUCUCACAUGUGGAGCAUGCGGCGCAGCAAGGCCAACUUCUUCCGCGCCAUGUCGCUCUUCUCCGGCGCGGCCGCCGGCGCGCGGUGGUUCGCCGACGUGUGCCUCUGGAAGAACGUGGCCACCACGGCGCUGGUGCACGUGCUCCUCCUCAUCCUCAUCUGGUACCCGGAGCUCAUCCUCCCCACCGUCUUCCUCUACAUGUUCUUCAUCGGGCUCUGGAACUACCGCCGCCGCCCGCGCCACCCGCCGCACAUGGACACCAAGAUGUCGUGGGCCGAGGCCGUGCACCCCGACGAGCUCGACGAGGAGUUCGACACGUUCCCGACGUCGAGGCAGCAGGACGUGGUGUACAUGCGCUACGACCGGCUGCGGAGCGUGGCCGGAAGGAUACAGACGGUGGUCGGCGACAUGGCCACGCAGGGGGAGAGGCUGCAGUCGCUGCUCAGCUGGCGCGACCCCAGGGCCACGUGCGUCUUCGUCUUCUUCUGCCUCAUCGCCGCGGUGGUGCUCUACGUCACGCCGUUCCGGGUGGUGGCGCUCGUCGCCGGGCUCUUCCUGCUCCGGCACCCGCGGUUCCGCAGCAAGCUGCCAGCAGUGCCUAGCAACUUCUUCCGCCGGCUGCCGUCGCGGGCAGACAGCAUGCUCUGAUCGACUCCGAGUGAGAUACAAUGCCCCGCUUGUUCGUCUUCGAUCGGGAUAGAGUUCAGAGUCCUGAUUUUUUUUCCACAUAAAAGGAAGUGUUUUCCUC